AUGGCCGCUUUCCACUCCCCGGCCGCCGUGACCACCAAGUCCAGACUGAAAGGCGUGGUGUUCGAUAUGGACGGGACUCUAACAGUCCCCGUGAUCAACUUCCCGGCGAUGUACAGGAGAGUUCUCGGCGAGCAGGAGUACGCGAGAAUCAAGUCGGAAAAUCCAUCGGGGAUUGAUAUCCUGCACCACAUUGAGACGUGGAGCUCCGAUAAACAGAAACGGGCUUAUGAAAUUAUUGCGGAUUUUGAGAAACAGGGUUUGGAUCGUCUUCAGAUUAUGCCAGGUGCCUCUGAACUUUAUGGAUUUCUUGAUUCAAAGAAUAUUAGAAGAGGAUUAAUCACCAGAAAUGUGAAGGAAGCGGUGGAUUUGUUUCAUCGCCGUUUUGGGAUGAUAUUUUGUCCUGCAUUAAGCAGGGAGUUUCGUCCUUACAAGCCAGACCCAGCUCCUUUGCUUCACAUAUGUUCGAAUUGGGAGGUGCAGCCUAAUGAAGUUAUGAUGGUUGGGGAUAGCCUUAAGGAUGACGUGGUCUGUGGGAAGAGAGCUGGAGCUUUUACAUGCUUGCUUGAUGAAACGGGAAGGUACGAUUCUCCACAAUACCAAAAUUUCGAGUAUAAACCAGAUUACAAAGUCUCUUCUCUUGUAGAAGUUCACAAACUCCUGGAGAAAGAUUUCAACCUUUCCUCAUGGGUCGGACGAACGGACAUCGAAAACUCGAACGGUAACCUCGAUGAACGGGGACUAUGGGAUGCCGGUUCUCGACGGCACGUCAGCUCUGCUGCAUGGACGUCGACAAGGAAUGCUGAAACACGACUAAUGGAGCUUUUCACGGAGAGGCCGUCGAAAAUAAUGGCGGACGGAGCUCCUGCUCGAUUUCACGACGGUCUGUUGCUGCCCCUCUUUGGACGGGCCGAGGAUGCUCAAGAACUCGGAUGGAUUUCGGUUUCAAACUCGUUCAGAGGCUGUUGUAGGUUCGGAGGUUGGGUGGCGACCGGAUUGUGCACGACUCGCGGCGGUGCUGCUACUAAGGUGUCGAUGUCGGCAGGAGGACGCCGACGGCAGAGCUCUUGCCGGAGAAGAAGGUACUAA